UGCUUUUUUCUUACGCCACCAUUUCAAAUCUUCAUGUAACCCUUCUCUAUCAUCGAUAAUCAAUGUCAAACCGUUCCUUCAAGAACUUCAUAGAAGACGAGCUCGGAACAUUCCCACACUUCUUAAUCUACGCCAUCCUCGAAUGGAUCAUCAUCAUCCUCCUCUUCCUAGACGGCCUCCUCGCCUUCUCCUCAAACCAACUCUCCAAACUCUUCGACCUCAAAACCCCUUGCCUCCUCUGCACAAGACUCGACCACGUCCUCGUCCCAACGAACCCCGACUUCUACUACAACGACUCCAUCUGCGACUCUCACAAGAAGAACGUCUCUUCCUUAGCUUACUGCCACGUCCACAAGAAACUCUCCGAGAUCAAAAGAAUGUGCGAAGGUUGUCUCCUCUCCUUCGCCACCGAGAAAGAAACUGAUGUUGACACCUACAAGUCUCUUAUCGGUAUCUUGCAUAAGGAUCUCGAGCUUCUUAUCGACGAUGAGCAUCAGAAGGCGUUUCCGGUUACAGGCUCGAAGCUUGAUCUUAGAGCUAACAACAGGUUUCAAGAACAGCAGUGUUGUUCUUGUUGUGGAGAGUUGUUGAAGAUAAAAACCGAAAAACAACCGAAUAGUAAUGGGAACAGAUCUUUCUUUGCUGCUCCGAGUCCGUCUCCUAGAGUCUCAUUCAACCAAAGAACUAUGGAUUUUUCCAACUUGCCUGAGGAAGAAGAAGCAGCUAACAACAAAGACACACUUGAUAGAACGCCGAGUUUCGUAAGAGGAGGGAACAACAGAUUCUUUUCUGACUCGGCUCAGAACAGUCCGCGAUGGUCUGUUAGGUCCAUGAAGAAGAGUUUGAUCGAUCAGACCGGUCCGGAAGCUGAAGUGUUGGACGGUGAUUCGAUACUUCAUCAUCUGAACAGGCAGGUUAGGCUGGACCGGAAGUCGCUGAUGGAUUUGUACAUGGAGUUGGAUGAAGAGAGGAGUGCUUCGGCUGUUGCGGCGAACAACGCGAUGGCUAUGAUCACGAGGCUUCAGGCGGAGAAAGCCGCGGUUCAGAUGGAGGCGUUGCAGUAUCAGAGGAUGAUGGAUGAGCAGGCGGAGUAUGAUCAGGAGGCUGUGCAGUCUUUGAGUGGUUUGUUGGUUAAGAGGGAAGAAGAUAUGAAGGAGCUUGAAGCUGAAGUUGAGGCUUACAGGUUGAGAUAUGGACUGUUGAUGGGAGAAGAGGAAGAACAACCACAACAAGAAGACAGCAAAGGAGGAGAAGCAGAAGAGUUUCUUGAUGAAGAAAACAAUGAAACUAAACCGGAUUGUUCUUUAAAUAAUGAAGAAGAUUUGGUGCAAAUGAAAGAUUCAGGUGAGGAGGAGACUAAAGACAACAAUGGUGGGAUGAUCAUAGAGGAAGAGAAAGAGAAGGGAAGCAGAAAAGAUAUGUUAGUGAAGGAGAUCUCAGAGAUAACAGAGAGACUACAUGAGAUUGAAUCAAAAGGUGAAUUGCUGCAGCAUAUUUCAGAAGUGUUAGAUGUUAGUGAAGGAGAAGCAAUUCUGUUACAGAUAUCUCAGAAUCUCAAUAUGCUUCGUAGUUUCAUUGAGAUGCCAUCAGAAUCAUGAAUGUGAAUACUUACUUAUUUUAUCAUACAUCAGACGAUACCAAAACAGCAUCCUUGUAUCUAAUCUGUAUGUAACACAUACUAGAAAUUUUUUUAUUACAGAACAAGCAAAGUUUUUA